AUGGGCGGCCGCGCCCGGUCCCUCCUCCGCUGGCUCCGUCACCGCUCCCGCCGCGUCUCCUCCUCCUCCUCCUUCCACCUGACCUCCACCACCACUAACAACAACGACAGCACCGCCACCAGCGAAGACCUCCGCGCCCACUCGCUCCCGCACCAGUUCCACGCCGAGGAGGAGGAGAGGGAGGUUGAAGAAGAGGAGGAGCGGGAGAUCGGAGAAGAGACCGCCGCCGAGGGUGCCGAGCCCGCGUCCGAGUCCGAGGGGUGCAUUGUCUUGGGGGAUCCGGAGCCGGGUGCAGGACCGCGCGCACCGGUGCGCACCGAGCUGCUACUCAUGGAUCCGAGCAAAAAGAUAAGGAAUGAAAAAGCUCGACGAUACAUGAGCAAUAUGAGGAAAAAGCCUCGGGUUCCCUUUACUAAAAAGUUUCCAGGGAUAGAUCCUAUGGCUCUCCAUUUGCUUGAACGUCUUCUUGCUUUUGAUCCUAAGGAACGGCCAAGUGCUGCUGAGGCCCUGACAGAUCCAUACUUUAAUGGAUUAGCAAAUAAUGAACGUGAACCCCUAGCACAACCUAUCUCAAAACUUGAAUUUGAGUUUGAGAAGCGGAAACUGGCCAAAGAUGAUGUCCGAGAAUUAAUUUACCGAGAGAUUUUGGAGUACCAUCCUCAAAUGCUAGAAGAAUACCUACGUGGAGGAGAUCACAGCCAGAUGACCUUCAUGUAUCCAAGUGGGGUGGAUCGCUUUAGGCGCCAAUUUGCUCAUUUGGAAGAAGGCACUGCCAAGGGUGAAAAACCCAGUCCACAGCUGCGACAGAAUGUUUCUUUGCCAAGGGAAAGAGUAAUUGGCAAUAAACAUGGAGAUGGCAAUGCAGGUGAUAAGCUAGCGCAUGCCUCAGUGACGGAUGACAUCAGCCAACCAGUCUUGAGUGCGAGAAGUUUGCUGAAGAGUGAAAGCAUCAGUGCUUCCAAGUGUAUAGGUGAAAAACCAAAGCAUGUCAAAGAUGAGGAAUCUGUUUUGGAGAGCGUGGAUGAAACAGUCGAUGAUGUGACGAAGAAAAUCCCUCAACUGAAAACCUGA